ACAACAUCACGCGUCCUCAUGGAAAUAAAGGAGGACAGGUUUGAAUAAGGGGCUUUCUAUGCUUUUUUCUUGCCAUCGUCCAUCCGUUCAUUCACUUAUCCAAUCCAACCUCUGUCACUCAUUAAUACCUCUUAUCAAUUAGUACCAAUAAUUUAAAAAAUUGCGCACCAAACACUCCUUCAUCACUCUGCUGUCAACGUCAACCACUUGAAACAACACCCACGAUCCUUACUCCUUACCUACCUAAUCGGCAAAUCGGCAUUAUAACUUAUAUAACCUAUAUAUCAUCUUUGCUAUCUAAUACCUAACUCGAUCUAUCAUCACCGCUUCAAAUCUAGAAACCGGUCUACUUACCACUGGAGACUAUGCGGUCGACGAGAUAGUCCCGUAGUAGGUUGCAGCAAUUUAUAGAGUUAUCUACUCACGACCCCUUGGCUGGUAUAACGGGGUCACCACAUUCGUUUGGCAUCAAUACUACCUUUUACUAGGUAGCUGACUUAUUCGACUAUAUUGCUUCACUGCUUAAUUAUCACGACCCGAGGCCCAGCCCUCGAUCAUCUAUCACGAUGCCGGCUAAAUCAUAUUUGAUGCUAGCCGCCGCGCUAUUCUCUUCCGUGUUCGUAUCUCCUGUCGCCGCUCAGCUAUACACCGAUUGCAAUCCUUUGAAUGCGACCUGCCCAUCGGACCCGGCUCUCGGGACAAGUCAUAUGUUCAACUUCAAUGCUACACCACCGGAAAAUGUGUUCAAUUUGACUGCCGGAACCGUCGAAUACGAUGCUGAUACAGGAGCUGCCUUCACAAUGCGCAAGAAAGGAGAUUCGGUAACCCUGACCUCGAAUUUUUAUUUCUUCUUUGGAAAAACAGAAGUGCUCUUAAAAGCAGCAUCCGGUACUGGUGUGAUCAGCUCCAUUGUUUGGUCUUCCGAUGUUCUCGACGAGGUCGAUUGGGAAUUCAAGGGAGGGAAUUCAACCCACGCGUUUUCUAACUACUUCGGAAAAGGAAGGCAAGACUGGCAAAACGGAGGAGAUCAUCCCGUCACAGGCGGGGUGCUGGACGAUUAUCACAACUACACUUGCGUGUGGACCAAGGAAAAACUAGAGUGGUGGCUAGACGGCGUACUCACCCGUACGCUAUUACCCAAGAAUGCCAAUAACACAGACAACUACCCCCAAACGCCGAUGAAGCUCAGUCUCGGUAUUUGGGCCGGUGGUGAUCCGGACGCGUCUCAGGGAACUAUUGAUUGGGCUGGUGGACUUGUGGAUUACUCCGAACCGCACACGAUGUACGUGAAGAGUGCUUUUGUCGAAGACUACUCUUCCGGCAAGGAGUAUACCUACAGCGACCAUAGUGGGACUUGGGAGAGUAUUAAGAUUACGAGCGGCAACUCCACGGCGUAUGAGAAUAUCAACAAGGUACCAGAGAAGUCACUUUCUGAGAAAUGGAAUGAGCUCCCUUCUAGCACCAAAGCUGGCGUUUAUGCCGCUGCAGGUGGAGUUGGCGCUAUUCUUUUGGCCGGUUUGAUCUUCUAUUAUUUCAAGCAGAGACGUCGUGGUCAGCAAGAGGCUGCUCUUGCGGCUCAGCAACUUGAACAAGAACGUGUAGAGAUGGAGAGGUUCAAGAGGGGAGGGGGAGAUCCUGACGCACUCGCUUUCGACGGGGCCGAAUACAAUUCCAAGAGCGGAAUGGCUGCUACGCCGUACGGCAUGUCGGAUUCACCUCCGGGAAGUUCUGCCGGUGCACCAGAAAAAACUUGGGAUCCGACAGGCUCAAGUGGCGCUGCUGCCAUGCCACUACUUCGUGACGAUACGAUGAAUAAUUACAGAGAUAAUCCAGGUUCAGGCCCGGCUCCUCAAAUUCCGGCCCCAACUUCUACAUCUCCGGUCAACCGUAGUUUUUCCCCCUCUAACGCACCUGGGCAAACGGGAUCUCCGGGAGCCCGAUGAUAGGGCUGGAUUAUAAUGGCUAGACGAGGUGGACUUUAAUAUUUGCUGUCGCUGGGUUUACAAGGAUGGGAAGCUGACUAGGUAGGUAGAUAAAUAGAUCUGGUGGGGAUAAUUGCGAGAUAUUUGCGUCGAGAACUCGGACAAAAGAGUUGGGAAUAUGCUGUGGCAAAAGAGAUAUUCCCUUUUCGGCUGGCUACGAUAGGAUCAUGGAUGCUAUUUAAUCUUUCAAUACCCCAAUAAUUGGAUAUACUGACAUCUAUGUAAAAUUUACAUGACAUGAAAGACCACAUUUCUGUAAUUCUAGUCUAUGCUAAAACGCAAUCGCCUUAAUUGUCAUUUGGGUGAUACACUAUCGAGUCUCCUAUCUAGUCGAUUUCACGAACGACAUUAGAAUCCCCAGGUACUAUACGGAAGAUGAAUCAAAGAUAGCACGAGAAGCAAGUACGAAGAUAUCUCCCCAACGGUUCCAGUUUAAAAG